UCCACUUCUUGCUUUCUCUUUAUUCAGUCCUGAAGGUUGUAAUGUAUACAAAAAACAAAGACAUUUCAUCUACCAGCAUCCUGGAUAAAUCAGGAUCAACUGAGGGUUAAUUUGGUAACGUCAAGAGAACAGAAUGUCUAACAACAUGGCCAAGAUUGCAGAUGCACGAAAGACAGUGGAACAAUUGAAGCUGGAGGUUAACAUUGACAGGAUGAUGGUAUCUAAAGCAGCAGCUGAGCUGAUGGCCUACUGUGAGGCCCAUGCAAAAGAGGACCCCCUGGUGAUGCCCGUACCGUCCUCAGAAAACCCUUUCAGAGAGAAAAAGAUUUUCUGUACAGUUUUGUAGCAAUUUUUCACAGGCCACAUUGUUGACUGUUUUAUUUUCUAGGAUUAUUCGGAGACCUUAAGCCAAAUGUUUUGCUGAUUUCUUAAAUGUCACACGUUAAUAAAUGUAAAGAUUGCCUAUUAAUCUCUCCCUUAUGUUGCAUCUACCAGCUGUAAAAUUUCGAGCUUCCUUAUGUUAAGUGAUUUUCAUCAUAAAAUAUAGUCAAACGAAGCUGAUAUUGGUUCAAGCCUCUUUCUGCAAAACUGAUAAUUAAUUAGUUUACCUCAUGGUGGCGCUAUUUACAAAUAACUAACUAACUAACUAACUAACU